AUGGUGGUUGAUACAGAAUACUAUGAUUUAUUGGAUAUCGAUAUCACAGCUACCGCUAUAGAAAUUAAAAAAGCAUAUCGUAAAAAAUCUAUUAAAGAACAUCCUGAUAAAAAUCCUAAUGAUCCAACAGCUACAGAAAGAUUCCAAGCCAUAUCAGAAGCAUACCAAGUCCUAAGUGAUAAAAAUCUUCGAGCAAAUUAUGAUAAGUUUGGUAAAGAAAAGGCAAUCCCAAAGGGUGGUUUUGAAGAUGCAGCAGAACAAUUUUCUGCAAUUUUUGGUGGUGAAGCUUUUAUACCAUAUAUUGGUGAAUUAACUCUGUUAAAAAAUUUACAAAAAACAGAAGAACUAAACGCUGAAGAUGAAGCAGAAAAACAAAGAGAAGAAGAAGAGAAGCAAAAGAAGGAGAAAGAGGCUAAAGAGAACAAAGAUUCAUCUACAUUUUCUGUAAGUACAGAUGUUAAAAACGACUCAGAAGUUAAAAAAGAUGAGCCUAAGAAAAAGACAAAGAUGGAACAAUUUGAAGAAGAACAGCAAUUAGAGAAGGACAAAACUGUUGAAAAACUGAAACAAACUUUAAUUGAAAAAUUAUCGAUUUUGACAGAAAGUGCAUAUGAUGAAGAUUGUAAAAUGUCCUUUGAAAAAAAAUUUGAAGAAGAAGCAAAUUUAUUAAAAAUGGAAUCAUUUGGUCUAGAUAUUUUACAUACAAUUGGUGAUGCUUAUUGUGAAAGAGCAAGAAUAUUUUUAGGUUCUCAAAAUUUAUUCGGUUUUGGUGGUAUGUUCCAAUCGAUGAAGGCCAAAGGUGGUGUCGUAAUGGAUACUUUGAGAACAGUUUCCGCGGCCAUUGAUGCUCAACACACUAUGAAGGAAUUAGAAAGAAUGAAAUUGGCAACAGAAUCUGAUGAACCGUUAGUUGACAAACAUGGUAAGGAAGAACCAAAGCCGACUGCCGAAGAGUUGGCAGAACAAGAACAUUUGCUAAUGGGUAAAGUGCUUUCUGCAGCUUGGCACGGAUCAAAAUUUGAAAUCAUGUCAACUCUAAGAGCUGUUUGUGAUAAAGUAUUGGAAGAUAAUACUGUUGAUAAAGGCACCCUUGUUAAAAGAGCUGAAUCAUUGAAAUUACUAGGUAAAGUUUUCCAAAGGGCUUAUAGAACAAAAGCUGAACAAGAAGAGGCACAAGUAUUUGAAGAACUUGUAGCCGAAGCUACAAAAAAGAAGCAACAUUCUUAG